AAAAAUCUUCUCUGACCACCACCACCCCAACACCUCGUCCACCACAACACAUUAACCACCACCACCACCAACACCGUACAACCGACAUCAUGCCUUUCACCGGAAGCGACAUCAUCAAGAUCAUCUUCGCCAUCUUCAUCCCACCCGUCGGAGUCUUCCUCGAGCGUGGUUGCGGCGCUGACCUCCUCAUCAACAUCCUCUUGACCAUCCUCGGUUACAUUCCGGGUAUCAUCCAUGCUCUGUACAUUAUCCUCAAGUACUAGAAAUCGGAAAAUCCAUGACAGAGAGGGCGGACGUGACGACAAUAACCACCACCACCACCACUGCUACCACUACUAGUAACUACUAUUACACCAUCGAGAUACCCCAUAAUCGCGCGACCAUGAUGGAGACUUUUUUGGAGAGGAAGGGGGUAAAGAAUGAAAUCGAGACACACAAUCGAUGAUAAUUAAGCAAAUCACGCGCCUCUUGCUGCACGGAGCACUGGCACAAAUGGCGUCACGAAGGCACGAGCAGCACACGAUGUUUUUUUGUUUUAGAUUUGAUCACAGCGGGACAGUGAGCGUUGAAUUGUAGUAUCAACCAUGAUGAACUCAGCCAUUUUGUACAUG